AUGAACACCUAUGAUGAUGAUCGCCACUCUGAUCCUUUGGAUGAUUACAAUGUUCCUUUGCAUGGGUCCAUGUUAUUAUCAAGCACUGAUCAAAUGGUGGAGGAUUACACGUACAUAUACGACCCACUUGUCGUGAGCCCUUCUUCUCUAUCAUCAUCAUCUGCAAGUGGUAGUAGCCAUCCUUUCAUGCCUUCACAGCAGCAAACAUUGCCAUCUCCAUUAUCCAGUGUUCCAUCGUUAUCGUGGCCCCCUUAUUAUCCAUCCAUGGAUGUCUAUCCUCAUGUCAGCAAUGCUGAUGGCGAGUACUGGCCUCGUUUUUCGGAUGGUGUUGAUUAUGACACUUACACGCUAAGCUCCUCUCCUGAAGAAUUAACAACCCCCAACCAUGAUGAGAGACCCACCAGCUAUAUGGUUCCUUCUUCUUCUCGCGGCACCUUCCAUCUCAUGAUGCCACCAAUAGGUGUAUCGUCACAAUUUCACCAUCCUACUACUACUACUACUACAACUCAUUGCGCUGUUGGUGGUACUACUACUACUGGUGGGAUGGCUUCAAACACCAAGGCUGUUGCUACCACAUCCUCUUGUGACAGAAAGAAGCGAGGCGUAAAACGUACCAAGGAGAAAAAGAAAUGCAUGAAUUGUGGAGCCACCAAGACACCCACUUGGAGGCGAGGUCCUAUUACUCGAUGGCUGCUUUGCAAUGCUUGCGGUCUAUAUGAAAAAGUCAGUCGUCAACGACGUAUUGUUGUGAUCCAAGAAGAUGGCAAGGCACGAAUUUCUCGAGGCAUGCUCAACAAAAAGGACGAGCAACAACAACAUCAUCGCCCACUCUUGGUCUGCGCAUCUUGUGCAACCACGGAUGCAAAGAGAUGGCAUAUUCGUGGUGGUCAAAAGUAUUGUGAGCGGUGCUCCCGAGAAUAUGCUCGUCGAUCAUGA